UGCUGUCCUGUCCACAUGUCGACGGCCUUGGACGAGCGUCAGGAAGAGGUGCUGCGUGUCACUUCCUUCCUCAUCGCCUCUGAACACACACGCCUGUCGAGCAGCGAGCAGCUCCGCAGACACAUCGACCUGCCGAGGACGAGAGACGGACGAGAGACGGACAGAGAGACGGGCGAGAGACGGACAGACGCACAGAGAUCACCAGCCGCCGCCGCCUCGCAUCACCUCUCAGGUAAAAGACAUCUUCAGGUUGCCAACAUGGACGCCCCCCCACAGAUCUCUGCGGAGGAGCUGGAGGAUCUUAAAGAAGCGUUCGCAAAGAUCGACAUCGACAACAACGGCUUCAUCAGCAAGGACGAGCUGAACGCGUUGUUCAAAGCCGCCAACCUGCCGCUGCCCGGCUACAGGAUCCGAGAGAUCGUCCAGGAGCUGACGGAGGGCAGCGGUCAGCUCACCUUCGACGAGUUCACCCAGAUCGUUCACGGACUGAAGAGCGGCGAAGUCGCCAAGACCUUCAGGAAGGCCAUCAACAAGAAGGAGGGAAUCGUGGGCGUGGCCGGAACGUCGGAGCAGUCCGGCACGCAGCACUCGUACUCCGAGGAGGAGAAAGUGGCCUUCGUGAACUGGAUCAACAAAGCUCUGGAGAAGGACGGCGACUGUAAACACGUUCUGCCCAUGGAUCCCAACGGCCACGACCUGUUCACCGCCAUGGGCGACGGAAUCGUGCUCUGUAAGAUGAUCAACCUCUCGGUCCCCGACACCAUCGACGAGAGGACCAUCAACAAGAAGAAGCUCACGCCCUUCACCAUCCAGGAGAACCUGAACCUGGCCCUGAACUCCGCGUCGGCCAUCGGCUGCCACGUGGUGAACAUCGGGGCCGAGGACCUGAAGGAGGGCAGGCAGCACCUGGUGCUGGGGCUGCUGUGGCAGGUCAUCAAGAUCGGACUGUUCGCCGACAUCGAGCUCAGCAGGAACGAAGCUCUGAUCGCUCUGCUGCGGGACGGCGAGAGUCUGGAGGAUCUGAUGAAACUGUCCCCGGAGGAGCUGCUGCUGCGUUGGGCCAACUAUCACCUGGAGGAGGCCGGCAGCGGCAAGAUCAACAACUUCAGCUCCGACAUCAAGGACUCCAGGGCGUACUACAACCUGCUGAACCAGGUGGCUCCCAAAGGAGACGAGGAGGGAAUCCCCCCGAUCGCCAUCGACUUGUCAGGACUCAGGGAGAAGGACGACCUGCGGCGAGCCGAGUGCAUGCUGGAGCAGGCCGAGCGCCUCGGCUGCAGACAGUUCGUCAUGCCGCCGGACGUCGUCAGAGGAAACCCCAAACUCAACUUGGCCUUCGUGGCCAACCUGUUCAACAAGUACCCGGCUCUGAAGAAACCGGAGAACCAGGACAUCGACUGGAGCUCCAUCGAAGGUGAAACCAGGGAGGAGCGGACCUUCAGGAACUGGAUGAACUCGCUGGGCGUCAACCCUCGCGUCAACCACUUAUACGCAGACAUCGACGACGCCCUGGUGAUCUUCCAGUUGUACGAGAAGAUCAAGGUUCCGGUCGACUGGGACAGAGUCAACAAGCCUCCGUACUCCAAACUGGGCAGCAACAUGAAGAAGCUGGAGAACUGUAACUACGCCGUGGAGCUCGGGAAGAAGGAGGCCAAGUUCUCUCUGGUCGGCAUCGCGGGCCAGGACCUGAACGCAGGGAACCGAAAGCUCACGCUCGCUCUGCUCUGGCAGCUCAUGAGACGAUACACCCUGAACAUCCUGGAGGACCUGGGCGACGGGCAGAAGGUGAUCGACGACACCAUCGUGGCCUGGGUCAACGGAACGCUCACGCAGGCCGGGAAACCCACCAUCUCCAGCUUCAAGGACGGGACGAUCAGCAGCUCUAUGCCGGUUCUGGACCUGAUCGACUCCAUCCAGCCUGGAUCCAUCAGAUACGACCUGCUGAAGAACGACGACCUGACUGAAGAGGAGAAACUCAACAACGCAAAGUACGCCAUCUCCAUGGCGAGGAAGAUCGGCGCCCGGGUCUACGCGCUGCCCGAGGACCUGGUGGAGGUCAAACCCAAGAUGGUGAUGACGGUGUUCGCCUGCCUCAUGGCGCGCGGCAUGAAGAGAGCGUGAAGACGAGGAGGAAGGGAGGGAGGGAGAUAAGGGGGGGACGGGGGACGGGUGAUGAGGAGGGAGGGGUGACGUAGGGCUUAUAACCUGAAACUUUGGAUUUUAAAGACAAAAGUGUCAGAGGAAAUUUCCUCCUCUACGGUCGGUUUCAUUUCUUCUGGUGGAUCCGUUCAACUCAGUCUCAACAUUAUGGAUUUUUAUAUACAGUAUAUAUUAAAAAAAUAACUUGUCAAUGAUCCUUAAGAUGUUGUUAUAAAACCCUCACGCCGUAGAAAUGUAAUUAAGGUUUGAUAUUUUACAGCUGAAACGUAAACGUGGUCGAUGUGAAAAUCUCAGGGUGGAGUUUGUUCCCAGCCUGUUUCUGUGGUACAUUGUCACUAACCUUUAACAUUUGAAAUCAGAAACUUUUAUAAGCAACAAAUAAAGAAUUCAGUUUUGACAAA